CUGGUUAAAAGAUAAAAUGACCGUGCGGACUGUAUGUUCAGAGGUAUUGGGUGAAGACCCGGGUUUUAGGAAAAGCUGUUUGAAAAGCGUUCUGGGUGCUUUUCGAUCAUGUUUUUGGGCUCCAGCUGCGCAUCUAAAGAAAGAAGAAGUCAAGAUGGACUGUUCAGUGGAAAACUGUGCGCUUGUUCAUGGAAUUUCGUCCGUUAAACUGACCAACCUCACCAACAGUAAACAAGUCUAUGACACCUUACAUCUCCGUUCACAGCCAAUCGCAUGCAACUCACACUGCUGCUGCGGUUCGUUGGUGUCCGGCCAAUCAGGAGCCAGACCUCCAGGCAGUGCCCGGCCGCCGCAAGAGAUGCUACAACAGGCAAAGGAAUUUUUAGAACAGUACUAUGUUUCGAGGAAAUCGGAGACGCUUGAAGAAUAUUUCAAACGAUGGGAAGAAAUCAAAGCCGAAGUGGAAAAAUUUAGCAUCUACAAUCUCACCUCAGAAGAGCUAGCGUUUGGAGCUAAGUUGGCUUGGAGAAACGCCUCGCGCUGUAUUGGACGAAUCCAAUGGAGAAACCUAGAAGUACAGGAUGCACGCCACGUGCAGACAACUGGGGAAAUGUACGAAGCAUUGUGUCAUCAUUUAGAAUACGCCACAAACGGAGGCAGUUUAAGGUCGAUGAUCACUAUUUUCCCGCCAAGAAGGAACGGUCAGGAGGAUUUUCGUUUAUGGAACCCUCAACUUCUUAAUUAUGCUGGAUAUUUUCAAGCAGAUGGCAGUGUGGUCGGAGACCCAGCUAAUGUCCAGUUUACCCGGGUGUGCCAGAGACUGGGUUGGAACGGUAAAGGUGGUCGUUUCGAUAUCUUACCCUGGAUAGUCUCGGCACCAGGAGAAGGUCCAAAGGUAUACGAAGUCCCAGAAGAAUUGAUACUUAGAGUUAAGUUAGAACACCCUUGUUUUGAGUGGUUCGAAGAAAUGGGGUUGGAAUGGUAUGCUGUUCCUGCUGUAGCUAAUAUGUUAUUUGAUUGUGGGGGAAUGGAAUUUCCUGCCGCUCCCUUUAACGGCUGGUACAUGAGUAGCGAGAUUGGGGCACGAGAUCUGUGUGACCCCCACCGUUAUAACAUUACUGAGGAGGUGGCGCUGAAGAUGGGUUUGGACACAACAAGCCCGACAACUCUGUGGAAGGACAGGGUGCUGGUUGAAAUCAAUAUUUCUGUACUAUACAGUUACCAGAAGCAAAACGUCACCAUUGUUGACCACCAUACGGCUGCACAAACUUUCAUGAAACAUAUGGAGAAUGAACAAAAGCAACGCGGAGGGUGUCCUGCGGAUUGGGUGUGGAUUGUACCCCCUAUAUCAUCCAGUGUCACGCCCGUGUUUCAUCAAGAAAUGUUGAAUUACAUACUCAAGCCAAGCUACGAAUAUCAGGAAAAAGCGUGGAAGGAGUUUGAUUGGAAACAAAUAUCCAAUGUUGUUUUGAAGUAUAAAUUUGCAUCUGUUGCCAAAGCUUUGUGGUUCUACUCCUUUUUAAUGGCGAAAGUUCGAAUGAACAAAAUUCGAGCCAAAAUUUUAUAUGCUUCUGAGACUGGAAAAGCGGAGAUGUUUGCAAGACGCUUGGGACGCCUUUUGGAAAACUCGUUCAACACGACAGUUAUAUGCAUGGAAGACUAUAAUAUAGAGGACUUAACACAAGAAUCACUGUUUAUCGUGGUCUGUAGUACAUUUGGAAGUGGAGACCCUCCGCACAACGGCAAGUGUUUUUGGAGGUUGCUGUCCAAGCUGAAAAAAGAAGAUGUUGCUUCCCUAAGUCACGUGAAGUUUGGCGUUUUUGCUCUCGGAUCAAGCCAGUAUCCAGCAUUUUGUAACUUUGGCAAAAACGUUGAUCAAACGUUAGUUUCUUUACGUGCUGAGCGCCUUCUGACGAUGGGUUUAGGAGAUGAUCUUCGGGGCCAAGAACAAACUUUCAACAAAUGGGUCAAAGAAUUAUACAAAGUUGCCUGCAACUCAUACAAUUUGACUGUAGCUGAUAACUUUUCCAGAAUUUUUCUCGAAUCAGCAAACAAGUGGGAUAAAGAUCAAUUUAGAACAAUUGCAGUUGAAGGAAUUGUUCAUGACCUGUGCCCAGAUCUCACAAUCGUCCAUAAUAAGAACAUACAGCCAUGCAGGGUCUUGUCCAGAGUUCGACUUCAACCAAAAUAUUCCGAGCGUCAAACAAUCUUAGUGCGAUUGAACACAGAAAAAGCCACGAAUUUCACAUACGAGCCAGGAGAUCACCUUGGUGUCUUUCCCGUUAAUCCAUCAAGUGUUGUCAACCGGAUCAUAGCAUUUAUGGAUCCUUUCGAACGGUUAGAGGAAAAUAUAAUUAAAGUUGAGACACUUGUGGAUGGUAGUUGGCAGCAAUACAAUCGACUUCCGCCUUGCACUAUACGCACAGCCCUGUCUCGGUAUUUAGAUAUCACAACCCCUCCGGCUCCUACGUUAUUGGAACAACUUGCAUCCACAGCUGAAGACAAAUGUGAUCAAGAUAGACUUAAACAAUUGUGUGAGGACGUAGAAGAGUACGAAUCGUGGAAGAUGUUCAAAUACCCAUCAUUAGCGGAUGUCCUUGAACAGUUUCCUUCUACACACGUAAGUGCUGCCUUUAUUCUCACCCAGAUACCAUUGCUCCAGCCUCGUUACUACAGCAUCAGCAGCGCUCCUAAAGCUAAAGAGAACGAAAUACACCUUACAGUGUCAUUGGUCAAGUUUUGUACAGAAGAUGGCAAAGGACCUCGUCGUUUUGGUGUUUGUACGUCAUAUCUGGAUAGCCUACCUGGUCACGAUGUUUAUUGUUUUAUCAGAAGCACACAGACCUUUCGUAUGCCUACUGAUCGAUCCCUUCCUAUUAUCAUGAUUGGUGCAGGAAGUGGUAUUGCCCCCUUCAGGAGCUUCUGGCAACAACGAGAGCUAGAGUUAAAAGAACAGGGUAAUACAGACAUUAAGAACCAAAAGAUGCCAACUAGUUUCGGCGAGAUGGUGUUAUUUUUUGGAUGUUGGAAGUCUGGAGUAGAUACGAUCUACGAGUACGAGCUAUCAAGUUUGGUUGAUAAAGGAAUUCUCCACAAAGUCUAUUAUGCUUUCUCGACACAGCCUGGAAAAGAAAAGAAAUACGUUCAAGACGUUUUAAAGGAAGAGUUCCAGCUGGUUAUCAGGCUGCUGUCAGAAAGUGGACAUGUUUAUGUUUGUGGUAAUGCAGUUAUGGCUAAUGACAUUAGAAAAGCAUUAAAGAUUAUUCUGCGAAGUUCGCAGUCAGAGGAAGAAGAUAGCGAAGAGCAUUUCGAAAGACUUCUGGCAGAAAAUCGAUACCAUGAAGAUGUAUUUGGGGUUCUUCAUCCUCAUCACAAGAAAAAAUUAUAA